AAACGUAAAAUUUUGUUAAUUAUUUUUGUAUAACAUUAUACAAAAUAUGAAUCUAUCAAAAAUUUUCGGAUUUUUGAGAGGCGCAAAUUGUGCUUUCAAUAGACGAGUGCAUGUGUUAUUAUCCGGUAAUGUAAAUACACAAGCAAGAUAUCAAAGCAGAGAUGUUAAACUGACGAGGCCUAAGGCUAUUGAGACGAAUAAAUAUCGAAAACCAGAAGAAACGAUUGGACUGUAUGGAUACUCCUUAUUGGGAGUACCUGUUAUCACAUUUGCACUUGGUACAUGGCAAAUUAAGAGAUGGAAGUGGAAGCUGGAUUUAAUAGAAAAGUUAAAGCAACGUACUUCAGCAGAGCCAAUUGAUUUACCAUCAGAUCUAGAUGAAUUAAAAGAUAAAGAAUAUUAUCGUAUGAAGGUGAAAGGCAAGUUUCUAUAUGAAAAAGAAUUUUUGAUAGGACCUAGAAGCUUAAUUAUUAAUGGAGAAGCUAUUAGCGAAAAAGGUGGUGGAGUAUUUUCUCGUAAGACAAGUUCUGGAUAUUAUGUGAUUACGCCUUUCAAACUGGAGGAUCGGGACUUGGUUAUUAUGAUAAAUCGUGGAUGGAUUCCUAAAUGUAAUCGCUCAACAUAUAAAAUGGGAAAUAAGAUUACAGACUUCAUAGAAGUUAUCGGUAUUAUCAGAGGAACUGAAAAGCGACCUCCAUUUAUACCCAAUAAUGUAUCUACGAAAGGUGUAUGGCAUUACAGAGAUUUAGAUGCAAUGGCAAAGAUAGCAGAAGCAGAGCCUGUAUACAUAGAAUUAUUGGCCGAGUACGAUACACCUCAGGGUCCAAUCGGAGGUCAAACAAAAGUAGCUUUAAGAAACGAACAUUUUAGUUAUAUAAUUACUUGGUACUCGUUGUUUGCCUGCACGAGCUACAUGUGGUUCCGACAAUUUGUACAGAAAUUACCUCUUAUUUAAAUGCAUUUAGAUAUUUAUAUAUACUUACCUAU